UUCCUCACUUUAAGACCCACAUUUCAUCAUCCAUCAACAACCUCAACUUCCAAGUCCGAUGCUGACAUUUAUCGAGGUUUAGCAUAAUACUCCUAUUACUAAGUCCAUUGCUUUCCAGUUUGCACUUUCUCAUUAGUCUAUUAAUCCUUGUUCCUACUCUUGGAUUGCACCAUUUUUUCGGGCACAUGGGUUUCAUCACAAUGUCUUCUCUUCAACCCGUGAUGUGUUUUCCGGGUACGCCAUGGUUAUCUGCUCGGCCAGUUACUUUUAGGUCUCGGUGGGUUACCACUACAUCUCAUAGGCGAUUUUUGUCCCUCUCUUGCAGGAAUACUUUUUGCGGCCAUGACUUUUUGUUGGAAGGUCCAUCAUUGCUCUCAAAUAACCAAAUGCCUCAGACAGGAGAGUCAUAACCACCUGCAACCGAAGAAUUUUUAUCUUGGGGUGGCAAAGCGUUUGCCAAAUCAAAUUUCAAUGUUGAUGAGUUGCUAGAGUUUUUGAAGGAGGGUUCUGGGGCAGAAUUUGCCCUCAUUAGUCCAAAGAGAGUAGUGGAAGUUUGGUUCUGGAAUGAGUUCUGUUGGACAUCAUUUGGCUUAGGAUCUGUUGGGGCUAGGAGAAUGAUAGAAAAGUUUCAGGUACGAAAGGUUUGAAACGCAGUACAAGGAAAAGUUUCAUGUUUUGCGCUUCAAUGUGCUAGAUUGCCACGCGAUGAAGGAUCCCAAAUUUGUUUUUCCUGUUUAUUUUCUCUUAUCUUUGUACUUUUCUUUUCGGAGUUCUGCAGCACAUGUGGAGUUUAGUGAAGUUUUCAGCACAGCUUAAGCAUAGCCAGUUGGUUUCAUCCUUGCUUAGUUUAAGACUGAACGGUUUCAGGUCUUCAAGGGUCUUUUACUUUUUAAAGGCUGUGAUUUAUGAUCAACAAGCUAGAUAUAUUAUCGGCUAUAGAGAUGGUUUUUUUGUCGCAUUUGAUUGAAAUCAUCAGAAGUCAUACUGCUAUAAUUUGGAUAAUGCUAGAAUGGAGAGUGACACUUGCUCAUACAAAUAAGAGCGGAAAUCCAUUGUAAAGAGUGUUAUUACAAUAGUUUGUGAAUGUGAGUCUAAGAAGAUAACCAAUAGAAGUAGGAAUUAGGAAGCUAAUGGUUUACGAGACAUCAUUGAUCUGUUGAGGAUGCAUGUUCAAAUGGGAAGUGCAUGACAAAUGCUACUAGGGAAGAUAUGGAGAAUUUAGUUUCUGGUUCAGAUUCUUUGGAGAAUAGUACAUGUUCAAGAUGGGAACUCAGGGGUCAUCUGAAGGUUCAGCUAACUUUGAUGAUACAUGCACUGUCUAUAUCAUCCUGUAUCUUUAUUAGGUGGAGUCAUUUGAAUGCAGUCAACAUGUUUCUGAAAGUUUAUAAAAGCUUGCAUAUCUAUUCAAUGCAAGCUUUUGGAUCACCAAAUCUGGUGUUUGCAUCUGUAUCUGGUUCACUGAACAAGCCUACACCUCUCAACUUGAACUUUUCCUUCCCUUCAAUUGGGGAUCUCCAGUGGAGUUUUGCGCGAAUGUUAUAUCUAUUCAACACGCAAGUAGAAAGAAAUGUCGCCACGUUCUUAUUGGUACUAAUGGUGGCAUGCUUCUCAUUUGUAUUGAUUGGUGGGUUCCUCUUCUUUAGGUUCAGGGGUUACUCACAGUCUCUGGAGGAUUGCUUCUGGGAAGCCUGGGCUUGCCUUUGUUCUUCGUCAACCCAUUUAAGACUGAGAACACGUUUUGAACGAGUUGUUGGCUUUAUGCUUGCGAUUUGGGGCAUAUUAUUCUACUCUCGCCUAUUAAGCACGAUGACAGAGCAGUUAAGAAAUAACAUGCAAAGGAUCAGGGAAGGUGCACAAAUGCAAGUUUUGGAAACUGAUCAUAUAAUAAUCUGUGGAGUGAAUAGUCAUCUGAACUUCAUUCUAAAGCAGAUGAAUAAGUAUCAUGAAUUAUCCAUCCGCUUAGGCACUGCUAAUGAAAGAAGGCAGAGAAUUCUUCUCCUUUCUGAUAUGCCAAGGAAGCAGAUUGAAAGGAUGGUUGAGAAUAUAGCUAAAGAUCUUAACCAUAUUGAUAUUCUUACAAAAAGUUGUAGUCUCAGCUUGACAAAAUCAUUUGAAAGAGCUGCAGCAAAUAGGGCACGUGCUGUAAUUAUAUUGCCAACAAAAGGGGAUAGGUAUGAAGUUGAUACGGAUGCAUUUUUGUCAGUGCUAGCAUUACAGUCACUUGCACAAAUGGCAUUUGUACCUACUAUUGUUCAGGUUUCUAAUUCAAGUACCUGUGAGUUGCUGAAGUCAGUAUCAGGACUGAAAGUAGCGCCAGUAGAAAAUGUUUCUUCUAAAUUGUUUGUUCAGUGCUCUCGGCAAAAGGAACUCAUCAAAAUCUAUCGACACUUACUUAACUACAAAAAAAAUGUAUUUAUUCUUUGUGAUUUUCCUAACUUAGCUGGAAUGAGGUACAAGCAAUUGAGACGUGGAUUACAAGAGGUGAUUGUUUGUGGUCUUCGCCGAAGAGGGAAAGUGAUCUUCCAUCCAAAUGAUGACGAGGUCCUAAACGAAACGGACAAAGUUUUAUUAAUUGCUCCUCUUUAUGGGAGAAAAAAGCCGGAACUUUCUUCUAAUGUUGAAGAAGUCAAUAAGGUGAUCCACAACUUUGAAAACAUGGAAAUGAGAGGUAAUUUUAAGAAAGAUAUGGCAGCAAUACAGAAAGUGCACCAAGAAAAAAAUAAAUCACGGGGCUUAAGACGUCGUUCUAAGGCAUCAGACUGGACUCUAGGGCCUAAAGAAAGCAUACUGUUGAUAGGUUGGCGAUCAAAUGUAGCAGAAAUGAUUAAAGAGUACGACUCUUAUCUUGGACCUGGCAGUGUUUUGGAAAUAUUAUCUCAUGUACCUAUAGAGGAGAGGAAGAGCACUCUUGCUGGUUUAGGGAAACUUGAACACGUACAAGUUUCCCACAUGGUUGGAAACCCUAUGGAUUAUGAUACCUUGAAGGAGGCAAUAAUGAGAAGCCACACUUCUACAAAAGAAGAUAAACAGAUACCAUUCUCUGUUGUUGUGAUCUCGGAUAAGGAGUUGAUACUUGGAGAUCCAUCCAGGGCAGACAAGCACUCUGUAUUUACUCUUCUCUUGGCUGAGAACAUCUGCAAUAAACUUGGAUUAAAGGUGCAUAAUCUUGUUGCGGAAAUAGUUGACUCAAAACUUGGCAAACAAGUAACAAGAAUAAAGCCAUCGCUCACUUAUAUUGCUGCAGAGGAACUGAUGAGUCUUGUUACUGCUCAUGUUGCAGAGAAUAGUGAACUGAAUGAAGUAUGGAAAGACAUUUUGGAUGCUGAGGGUGACGAAAUCUAUAUCAAGGAUAUGGCCUUGUACAUGGAAGAGGGGGAAAAUCUAUCGUUUAAUGAGCUGUCUGAAAGAGCAUGUUUAAGGCGAGAAGUUGCCAUUGGUUAUGUGAAAAACAAUAAGAAGAUUAUAAAUCCAAACCCAAAAUCAGAACCACUUGGCCUUGAUACGACCGACUCACUGAUUUUGAUAUCUGAGUAUGAAGCAGAACAACCUAUACUUCAGUAAUAUAGUAUCUCCAUUGUUGUUCGGAUAUUGGCCCAUUCUCUUCAAUGAUUGUCGUAUUUUAAGACUACAAGCAUCAGUUUUAGGUUUUAAAAAAGUUUGUUAGUCUUAAAUACAUUGAUAAGUCAUCCCCACCAAUUUUUUCACCUGGUCAUGGUGGGUCGGAUGAGAGCAAGUUCUCGGAGAAUGUAUGUAUUGUCAGUUGGAGAUAUUGUAUACAAAAGCUGCCUUGAUUGAAUGGAAUUCAAGCCAUACACAUAAUAUGGCAAUUCUUUCAUUUGA